AUGACAAGCUUCAUCCUCUGGCUAACAUGCAAUUUCAGAAACUGCCAUCUUGGCACGUUUUCUUUAGCGCACAACGUUGGUAAAUGCCACCUGCGCGACGCAGCGAUGGCAGUGGGAAAGCCUUCGGGCGCCCCUACCUAUGGGUCCCUCAUUGAUACAGGACGUUGUGAGUAUGCUUCAUUGCAUCCCAUGGUGUUGAUUGCACAUGGGCAAAGUGGAAGCCAGCAAGUUGGAGCAUUGCUCCGCUUCCUUGCUGCUAGCACAAAGCAAGCGGAGUCCGGUUCGAGCCAAGAGCAGGGCGAGCUUGCGCGGGCCGGCUCCAGACAUUGGCCAGGGGCUCUUUGCAUCCACGUGAUCGAAUAA